UUGUGAAAGUUGCAACCCCUGUCAGUUGGUAUCCCACAGCCGUAAGAGACAGGUGCCCCCCCCCCGUGUGUUUACCACCCACAACCCUACAAACCCCGAUCCACACCCCUGAAGCGAAAGCGUGUAGUAGAGUGCCAACAACCCGCAUGUAUAGAAUACGGGAACCGUCGUAUUCGUGGCUCCUUCUCACCAUGGCACUCUACUAACCCCCAGCUCACCCAGGACUAUACCCUAUCCUCGGAAAGGACAAACAAACCACUACAACGCCACCUACAGCACCUCCAACCCCCCUCCUCCACCACCACUUCGAUAAACCAGUGUCCAAAUCCUCCACCUCAAAAAGCCGAGAACCAUGAAAAAUCUCGCUGGAUACCUUGCAGUAACAUUAUUAUUGUGGACGCCUUUGGACGGUCAGGUACCUAGAGAGUUACGCAACCCGUCGCCCAAAGAGAUAAUUGCCCAGCUGCUGCUACGACGGGCACACAAGGGCAACACAACACCUGCCCCAGCCUUCAGGCACUCCAACACCCAGGACGACGGUGGAGGAGAUGGAGGUGGAGGUGGUAGUGAUGGUGGUGGUGGAGGUGGGAAAGUAGGUGGUGUUGGUGGAGGCAACGGCGGUGUUGGAAAUGGUGGUAGUAGUAGCAGUAGCAGUAGUAGUGGUAGUGGUGGCAGUAACGGGGGAAGUGAGCUGGUGGUCGCAAAUUUGCAACGUGUAGAAGAGUAUGAGAAAUUCCUCCCUUCAACACAAGCGUGUACGGGAAGCACCUGCGGACCAGACGAAUCGUUCACGGAGCGCUGGAGGAUGCCUCUCAUGAAGUUGGGAGAUAAACAAUACUACUUAGGUAUAUUCUUUAAGGCUAACUGGUUCAAGGCAGCGCAGUACUGCCGGUUUCAUGGCAUGCAUCUGGCCUCCAUAGAGACGCUCAGAGAGAACACAAGAUUGGAGAAUUACGUUAAGGAAGUCGGUUUAGGACAUGAACAUUUCUGGACGUCAGGGACGGACCAAGGGGAAGAAGGACGCUUCUUCUGGAUGUCCAAUGGACAGCCCAUCACCUACACUAACUGGAACGCUGGGGAACCCAAUAAUUUCCAGUAUGAGAAUGGAGAGAUGGAACACUGUCUAGAGCUGUGGAACAGAGACGGGAAGGGACUCAAGUGGAAUGACAGCCCCUGUUCCUUCGAGACAUUCUUCAUCUGUGAAGUAGCUUAGUGCCAGGCUCCAGCCUCAGUCCUCAUUUAGUCGAUAAAUAUAUAUAAAGCUGUCUCUUCUCUGUCUCUGUCGUCUGUGUGUGUGUGUCUUUAUCUCUCUCCCAAGAAAACACAUUUACAAAUACACGCAAAGAAAAAAUACACGGAAACACACACACACACACACACACACACACACACACACACAAGCAAACACACAAUUGUUUCUCAGGUACUCGCCAAACAACCCACACUGAAACACGGUUGCGACCAACAACUCUUCAAAACUCAAUAAGUCUCCCAUGAGAAAUCUUCUCUUGCGGGAAGAACUGCGUACAAGAUCGUCCCUGGAACUGGACGUCCUGGAGAUGGAUAAAGAGAGAUUUCUGGGGGAAAUAAUUCACAUUUUUAUGACUUAAAAAUCAGUGUUACCGGCCCCUUCGAAGUGUGUGUGUGUGUGUGUGUGUGUGUGUGUGUGUGUGUGUGUGUGUGUUUUGCACCUUCCAGCACAAUAAAAUAAAUUGCAGAACUCACCUCGGUUGUUCCAGCCCAUGGGAUAAAUACAAUGCAACAGUGCAUGAACAUUCACAUCCUGAACUGUGUGUGUGUGUGUACUCACCUAGUUGUGGUUGCAGGGGUCGAUUCAUAGCUCCAGGCCCCGCCUCUUCACUAGCCGCUACUGAGUCCCUCUCCCUGAACCAUGAGCUUUAUGAUUGUGUGUGUGUGUGUGUGUGUGUGUGUGACUGGACGGAGCCAAACCCAAGUCUAAUCUUUCAUGUUUGUAUAGGAUUAUUAUUUUCUUUGUAAAUCACAUAUCUGUAUUUAAAGAU